AUGACCAGAAGCAAUCCUCUUCCCCCGGCACCUCAACUCCCAGCAACCAGCACCCGAGCGCGACUUAAAAAACUCAACACACGUCAUGCCCUUCCAAUCAUCCGUGAAGCGGACCUCGAUAUCAUCGACGAACAUGACGUUUCGCGGAAUAGUCAUGGCCCCAAGGCUGAGACUGGCGUCGAGAAAUCCGAAGAGAGCGAAUUCCAUCUACAGGCAGCUUUGCGGUCAGAACAAGCAGCUGCGGCGGGUGACAAAGUCAAGAAAACAGACAUCCCCGUCCGACCAGCAGUGCCAAGCGAGUUGCAAUAUGACAAGUACUAUACGUCCACUUACCAACAGCCGGCAACCUAUAUUCGCUUUUCAUCCACCGUAGAAGACUGUAUAGGAUGUCCAUAUGACAUGGACGAGCUUGAUGAAGUCUUUCUGAAAUCUUUGAACAAGAAGCGCAAAGAUGCAUCCGCUCAGUGUAGCGAAUCUGAGUUUGAGCAGGUGAUGAACGGUUUCGAGACCGCUGCAAAUGAGAAGCAACCAUUUGCGUCGGUCGGAGAGACACCUGUUCUCCCCUUUGACGAAGUUGAAAUGGGACUAGAGGAAUGGGUAGAAGAUGCACGCGCAAAGAAUUUUGCGAAGGAAAUCUACCAACAUUGGAAAGCCAGCCGCAUAAAAUCUGGCAACAAGUCACUGCUUACCAACCUCAAAGGUGAGACUGGUGCAGACACUGAUGACGCAGAUCCAUAUGUCUGCUUUCGUCGGCGAGAACUUCGUCAAACACGGAAGACGCGCGGUAGAGAUGCACAUAGCGCUGAGAAGCUCAAGAAGCUCCGCAAAGAGCUUGAAGAAGCUCGCGAGCUGAUGGCUUUGAUCAAGCAAAGAGAGAUUACGAAGCGAGAUCAACUUGUAGUAGAGAGGCAGCUGUUUGAACAACGAGCCAACUUGCGUCAAGUCAAACAGAACUUACCUGAUCAAUUCAAGCAGGGCGAUGAAGACCUACUGAUCAACCAGAAAAAGAAGAAGCCGCUCGAGAUCACGACUCGACAACCAGGUAUGCCGCCUCGCAUCCAGACAAGGGCGGAUGGCGGAGCCACAGAAGAUCAGCUCGUGUCUCUUGCAGAAAUGCUGGCGAGACAUGAGAAGGAGCUUCAGGAUCAGAUUGAGCUCAAGAUCGCAGCCCACGUUAAAUGGAACGAAGGGUGGGUAGACAUGACGAUCGCACCUCUGACGCCACCCUUGGAAGUAGGGGUUGGCUCGACUUUUCGUACCGCAACCACAGAAUACUUACCAACACCCCCUGCGUCGAUAUCUUCCGAGCAGUCUGGUGACAUUGCUGUCGAUGCUGCGCACGUGAAUAAGAAGGAUGAAGCAGUGGCGGUACGAUAUGCUUCACCAUCAUAUGAUGGACCUACUCAUAGUCAGCCUUCCUUUCGGAGGAGGUUUGGCCGGGGCGGACGGUUAUGGAUUGAUCGUCGAGGUAGACGGACUCCUGCAAAGGAUGGGCGAGAGGAUCCUCCUGUGUCAGAGAGAUACAAAUACGACGAAGACGAGGAUGAGGAUGAGGUGCCGACUUAUGACUUCAGCGAGUUCGACAGCAAAAGCAUGCGUUAUCGUAGCUCACUUCUUAGAAUUCCCCAGCAAGUUAGGAAGGCGCCGGAUGGAUCUGUACCAAAUCCACAAGCACCCAUUCCUGUCGCUAGCUCAGCAGGAUAG